AUGGAAGGCUCCACGGGCUGGAUUGAUGUUACAACGCUUGCGAAGGAAGCUCAUGUACUUCAGCUUGGAUCGGUGGAAGUUUCCGGAGAUGGUAAUCUCUUCAGCUCUGACGAUGACGACCUUCUCUCCCUGGAGGAGUUUUUUGGCCACAAUCGAGGCCAAACGACCAAGAAGGUGGUUCUUUCCGUCAAUGAUGAUUGCUCUGUUCGACAGACCCAUCGUUUACCCUGUAAAAUUUUGUAA